AUGGCCAAGUAUUGUUUAAAAAAAGCAAGUAAAAGAGUGUCAUGCGCUAAAAGGUAUAAAAUCGAAAAGAAAGUGAGGCAACAUAAUAAGAAACAAGCAAGAGAAGCUAAGAAAUCAGGUUUGAAGAAGAGAGCUGAGAAGAUAAUACCUGUGCCCAACUCAUGUCCAUUCAAAGAAGACAUUUUGAUUGAGGCUGAGAAGACUAGGGAACGCAUAAAAGCACAAAAUGAAGCUAAAAAAGAAGCGUUAAAAGCUCUACAAGUUUUGAAAAAGUCUAAACCUUUGGAUAUUGCUAGUUUAGCAGCCAAGGCUACCAAACAAGGGGAAGAAUUUGAGAUCAGACGCAAAUCAGAUUUCAAAAUUAACACUAUGGAUGAUAGAACUAUCCGCGCAUAUGCUAGUGAAGUUCGAAAGACCAUUGAGAUCGCUGAUGUCAUUAUACAAGUGUUAGACGCUCGUGAUCCUCUUGGAAGUAGAAGUCAAUCUGUUGAAGAGCAAGUAAUCAAGGGAGGAAAACGUUUGGUUUUCUUACUCAAUAAGAUCGAUCUUGUGCCGAAAGAGAAUGUAUCCAAGUGGUUAGCAUAUUUCCGCGGAAUGUUCCCUACAAUUGCCUUCAAAGCUAGUACCCAAGAUCAGAAAAAGAAUUUGGGGCGAUUCAAUAGUUCCAAUUUGAGUAAUUCCGGGACAUCUAAAUGUAUUGGAGCGGAUUUGGUUAUGAAGUUACUCGGAAACUACUGCAGAAACAAAGAUAUCAAAACGAGUAUCAGAGUUGGAGUUGUCGGUUUCCCUAAUGUUGGUAAGAGUAGUGUUAUUAACAGUCUGAAGAGAACUCGCGCUUGUAAUGUGGGAGCUACUCCUGGAAUUACAAAAGAACUUCAAGAGAUAGAGCUUGAUAAGAACAUUCGCUUGUUAGAUUCUCCCGGAGUGGUUCUCAUUAGCAACAAAGACUUGGAUCCCGUGGAAGUUGCCUUGAGAAAUGCUGUCAAGAUUGAUAGUCUCUUGGAUCCCGUAGCCCCUGUUCAUGCCAUUCUUCGUAGAUGUAGUAAAGACACUCUGAUGUUGCAUUUUGGAAUCGCCACCUUCACCUCUGUGGAUCAGUUCUUAGCGUUACUUGCUCGCAAACUGGGAAAGUUAAAAAGAGGAGCUAGACCAGACACAAACGCAGCUGCAAAACACGUUCUCAACCAUUGGAAUACGGGAAAGCUGAGAUACUUCACUCAUCCUCCUGAAACAUCUAACAAGAAUGACAACCAACACAUUUCUACCGAAAUUGUUUCGACAUUCAGCAAAGAGUUCGACAUUGACUCAUUGUUCCAAGAACAGAACGAAAUCAUUCAGAGUUUACCUGAAUUCAAGGAUGACAGUCCUGAUUUUACUAUGGAAGGAGGUGAAGCUGAAGAAGAUGACGAUGAGGAAGAUGAAGAGAAUGAAAUGGAAGUAGAUGGAGAAAAAGGCACAACUGUUGUAACUAGUGGUAAGAGGAAGAAGAAGGAAGAGGAUAAGGAAGAGAAGGCUAUAUCUGAUCCCACAAAUCUGAAAAUUGAUGGAAAUGUUCAACUGAACAGAUUUAUCAAGAAGGCAGUCAAAGGACAGAAGAAGAAACAAAAGAAACUUGCACGAAAAGCCGAUGGUCUAGCAGAUUACAUGGAGGGCUUGGAAACAAUGUAA